AUGCUCGUGUACCUAGUUUAUCUGAACUUAACCAGCCUAAACGCAACGAACCUGCGAGUGAAAAUGCCUAAUGUCAGUAAGAGAACAAUUAGCGACUUCUCGCCCAGUUUAAAACAUCCGAUCGGGGUUCGAAGGCGCUACAGCCCCCAACAGGCCACCAGCAACUGCUAUACUUCCUCUCCAGCUCGCUUGGUCGUCAUUUCACACGUGCCGCUACUCACUGUCCCUAACUUGGUAUUUCCCUCAGAUUAUCAGCCAGGGUCCUCCCAAGCAACCGCGGGAUGCGCAAGUUGUGCUUCAGAGGGAAAGUCUAAGCAACUAAGGCUUUUUGAGAUGUGGUAUCCAACAACGAACCAGUCGCUAGAAUUUGGUGAAAGAAGGCGCUAUAGAGCUCUGAGAUGCUCUGAUUCCCGUAUGUCAACGAACGUAGCAGCACUGGCGGCUCUUCUUGGUAUUUUUACCUUUUCCCGGUGA